CAGGCCAGCAUUAAGCAUCAGACUCUAAGAAUCAAAGUGUCUAUAUUUUAUCCUUUGAACAGAAGGUGAGGAAAACCAGGGGAGGAUGUGUGCAGCUGGAUGGACGCUAAUGCUUCUGCUGAUUCACCUCAUUGGUUCAGCUACCUCGUCUCCUUUCAUUACUCCUGAUUCACUUCUUCCACACCUCCUUUUCCCAUCUGUCCGCUUGCCGCCUCCCACUUCCGCAGUCAGCUUUGCUGAGUCGAGGGCCCAAGUUGACUGCAAUCUGAUGAUUUCACCUUCAGCUCUUGUCGUCAGGUUUGGAGAUCCUGCAGAAGCAACCUGCUCCAACCCAAGCAAAGACCACUUUUUACUGGGCUGGUUAUCUAAUCCGGGAUUAACAGAGCCCACUACUGAUAGUUUUUUGGUGUGGAGUGUGGAGAGUGUGACUCAGUGGAGCAUCGACCUUGUAUGUUAUGCAGCCUCUGACCUGAGAGGGCCGUGCAACAUUUCUCUUCCUUCCAUAGUCUACAACCCACCAAAAAGAGUCUCCAUCCAGUUUCUGAAUCACACCGGCCCUAUGGUGGAGCAGCAUCAGUACACUCUGCAGUGCACAGUUCAGGAUGUUGCACCAGUGGCAAAGCUCAUGGUGACCUUCUACAGGGGACAUACCCCACUGGGUCAGCUCCAGUCUGACAGCAAAGUAGAGAAGAAGCCAGUAAAUGAAAGCUUCACUCUGAACAUCAUUCCCUCCAGAGGAGACAAUGGAAGUCAGUACUGGUGUGAGGCCAAGUUAGAUCUGCGACCUGCAGGACCCCAGCAACCUCCAGUGGAGACAUCUCAAAACCUCACUGCAGUGGUCAUCUGGAAUCAAGAACCUACUUAUCAAAUAGAGCGACCAAUGAAAGAUCAUGAGGCAAAAACAAACCAUCAACCAUUAGAAGGAAGUGGAACUACAAACAGCUACAGAGGAGGUUUCUUACUGAUUGUCCCUCUUGUUUACUGGAUAAAUGGACUCUGAAAGCUGAAGGAACACAGUCUGAUUCAUGACUGUUUGGUUUGGACUGAUCCCGAUUUGGGAAAUACAUUCCAGAAGAUCCAUCAUCUUUGUUUUCCAUGUCCAACUAUUGGAAUGGAAGCCCACCUGGUCAUAAAAUUAGAAUAUCAUGAAAAAGUUGUUUUUUUUUUAGUAAUCCCACUCAAUAGUUUAAACUUGUAUAUCAUAUUUAUUCAUUAUAACCAUACUGCGCUAAUACUGAUAUAUUUCAAGUGUUUCUUUUAAUUUGGUGAUUAUAACUGACAGCUAAGGAAAGCUGCAAAUUAAGUCUAAGAAAAUUAGACAAAAAAAAAGAUUUCUUGAAAUGUUGACCAACUAAAUAUGUAGGAGUAUUAACAUGUACGGCACUCAACACUUAGUAGAGGCUCCUUUUGCUUUUAUUCCUGCAGUAAUGCGAUGUGGCAUGGGGUUGAUUAGUCUGUGGUACUGCUUAGACAUUAUGAUGAUGCCCUGGUUGCUCUGAUAGUGACCUUCAGCUAUUCUGCAUUGUUAGGUCUGGUGUAUCACAUCUUCCUCUUCACAAUACCAUGCAGAUCAGGGGCCUCCAAAAAUAGGCCUUAAGAUCUACCGUCCAGCAGGCUUUAGAUAAAUCCCUGCUCAAUCUCUGCUAAAUGACUGGCUUGUUAAUAGGCCUCUGCCAAAGUUGAUGGCAUGCUGAAGUGGUAAUUCAGUCAUUUAAUUUGAUUGAUUGGAGCAGAGAUGCAUCUUAAAUCUGCAGGACGGUAGAUCUUAUUGGAGAUCCCUGCUAUUGAUUGUCUAUGGGGUAAGGUCAGGUUAGUUUGCUAACCAAUUAAAAACAGGGAUACCAUGGUCCAUGGUAAUGUUGUGUGAUGGUGCCAAGUCCUGUUGGAAAAUGAAAUCUGCAUGUCCAUAAAGUUGGUCAGCAGCAAGGGGCAUGGAGUGCUCUAAAACCUCCAAGGAAGACCGCUGCAUUGAUAUUAGAGCUCAGAAAAAACAGUGGACCAACACCAGAGGUCCGUACAACAACAUGAGCUCAUUCUUUCAGGUUACUCCAAGCCUAUCCAGUUUAAGGUAUCCACAAAAAUGGUAAUCAGGCCAAGCAGUACCCCAAACCUGGUUAUCAACUCACUAACUACAGUAGACCCAACUAAUCAUGAAUCUGUGAACACACCCCUAUAAAGGGGCGGAGCACAGAAUGGAGAACGCCGUAUGUGUCCUCUGAGGAACAAAAACUAAUCUUGCAGAAAUACAAAGAGGAAAAAACAAGUCUCACGGUGAUUGGUUAAAAAAAGACACCAAGGGUUCGUUUCAUGAAGCAGGUUUACCGAAAACUCUAAGUCUUCUAAACCUGAAAACCGGGAAAC